AUGAAUAAUAUUAGGAAUUUGUUUCAAAAAUUCAAUAUGAUUUCCAGUGGAGUUAAACCCAGAGCUGAUGAAUUACUCAAGUUGAUGUCAAACGUCAGUAUCACAAUGGAUGACAUGAAAUUAAUAUCUGAACUCAAUGCUAAGCUCAAAUAUCCAGAUGUUAACCGGGAAAUUGCUAGAUUUACCGGGAAAAGAGCCAUGAUUAUGAACAUAUCAACACUAACUAGCAUCAUUAGUUCAUUAUCAAGGGCUAAUUAUUUUGAUAAAGGUUUUUACCAGAAAAUAUCGGAAAUUUAUGCAUACAGAAUUCAUGAAUCCAAUACAAUAGAUGCUACCACGAUUUGUCAUGCCUAUUCACUCCUCCCCCCCCCUCCGUUUGACAUGUUAUUUAAGAUAACUGGCGAUUUGCUGUUAAAAAAUGAUAUGAUUAAUCAACUAUCUGCUAGAAAUUCUGCCCACUUAUUAAAUUCCUUUUCCAGAGCCAAUGUGCAACAUAUGCAACUUUUUACACAAAUUUUGAAACACAUACAAAAUUUACCUUUAGGAAACUUGGAAGCGCAUCAUUCGACGCUUGUGCUGAAUGCUCUGGCAAAAUUUUUAAUUUUUGACAGGAGUGCCAUAGAUAAUCUGUUGGAACACAUGAAAUUUAGCAUCCAAAAUCUAAAACCGGAGAAUAUCGCAAAUGCAAUACACGCACUGGCCAAACUAAACCAUACAACCCCAUUAAUUACUGAUUUAUCUUUUAAAGUGUUAUCCAUGUUACCAGAAGUCGGUGUUCGUGAAUUAAGUAACUGCCUAUGGGGUUUAUCAAAACUUAAAGUGUUGAAUGCCGAUUACUUUUUAAAGUGCUUUGUAUAUAUUGAAAUGAAAGUGAAUGAAACAGUUUCUGAUGGCAAGUCUGUAGCUCAAAUAAUGGAGUCAUUGCGUAGAAUGGACAGGGAUUCACUCACUCGAGAUACGAUUGACAAAGUAAUUACAACAAUAAUCGCACCAUUGAUUGAUAAGAUAGAUAAAUUGAGUGUGCCAGUUAUUACUCAAAUUUCAUGGUGUCUUGUUGAUUUGGGCUAUGUAAACCAUGAAUUUGUUAGGAAGUCAUUUCAAGAAUUUAGGUGUAUUAAGAUAGAUACAACUGGAACUGAAUGGGCCUACGUAAAGUUGCUUGCCAGGACUAUUACUGAAAGGUAUCCUGAGACUAAAUUUGUGAGAUUAGAAUAG